UUCCAGAAUUUGAACGGCCCAAAUUUAAUCCCAUUGAGUCCAACUACUCCGAUCCAGACACCUGAUAGGUACGAACUCGGAUCAAGUUACCCAGUCAAAACUCACCAACUCAUCCUCUCUUUUAUACCCCCCACUCACCCACCAAUACGCCCUCUCUUUUCGAAACAAGCAAUUUGAUUUUUAAUACUAAGAUUCAAAAUUUCUUUUUUGAAGGAAUCGAAUCAUGUUUUUCUUCGAUUGGUUCUAUGGGAUCCUUGCUUCCCUGGGUUUAUGGCAAAAAGAGGCCAAGAUCUUGUUCUUAGGGCUGGAUAAUGCCGGCAAAACCACGCUGCUUCACAUGCUCAAAGAUGAGAGACUAGUUCAGCAUCAGCCAACACAGCAUCCCACAUCGGAGGAAUUGAGUAUUGGGAAAAUCAAGUUCAAGGCUUUUGAUCUUGGAGGCCAUCAGAUUGCUCGAAGAGUUUGGAAAGAUUACUAUGCCAAGGUUGAUGCGGUUGUGUACCUGGUGGAUGCUUACGACAAGGAAAGGUUUGCCGAGUCGAAAAGGGAGUUGGAUGCUCUUCUCUCCGAUGAAUCUUUAGCCAAUGUUCCGUUCCUCAUCUUGGGCAACAAGAUCGAUAUACCAUAUGCUGCCUCGGAGGAUGAGCUGCGGUAUCACCUUGGCCUGACCAAUUUCACUACAGGAAAGGGUAAGGUCAAUUUGGGAGACUCGAAUGUUCGUCCCCUUGAGGUAUUCAUGUGUAGCAUUGUUCGUAAAAUGGGUUAUGGAGAUGGUUUCAAGUGGGUUUCUCAGUACAUCAAAUAGGUAGCCGCACGGGGAUUUUAGGCAUGCUUUCGUUCUUAAUGUUAUUUCUAUACUAAAUUGAAUUGGAUUGAACACUUUCAGAAAUCUUUGUCACAGGUGUUCCAAACCCCCUGGUACCCUA